GGCCACAUGUGAAACCUCCUCUCUGUCUGACUCACUCUGUCUGAGCCGGAUGCGCUAGGACCGCGGGGACCAGAGCGCAGACGAAGACGGAAUGGGCGCACUUAGGGUAGUAACUAAGUGAGUUUAGAGUGUGACAGAGACAAGCAGGCAAAAACCGCUAGAUUCUGGGAAUUACGCAGGAGCCUAUGCAGACUGGGUCACGUCUCAUCCGAACUAAAACUUUUUUUUCCCCCCACUCUCCAAUGGUUCAAUUUUUAAAAUUGCGCGUGAGAGCAAUGAGACAUCCUGGACUGGAGAAACUACCGAGGAAAACUCUUAGGAGCAGGGAAGCAUCUGAGAAAAGUUAGCCACUAUACUUUUUUUUCUUCUUCUCCAUUUUACUUCUUGAUAUAAAUGAAACGGCGGCUCUGACAGUGACUGCUCCGUCUCUUUUUACCUCUGGAUUAACUUUAAAGGGGCGAGAGAACGGUUUUCUGGACACUCCCAAGUGUCCCAAAAGAGAUGUAAACCUCUUAAGGUAAUCAAUACAAGCAGUAACUUUCUAAGACGGGGUGCUGCGCGUGUUUGUAGCUGUUAGAGGCGUUUGGAUGGACACACAUCAGCUGGAUUUAUUAGCCGUUUGGACCAAAGCGAGCCGUGCGCCCGGGCAGCCAUGACAUAACGGGACACUUGGAAAAUCAACGGUGCUGAAUAUUUCUGGAGUGACCGGGUGGUGCGUGUUCGUCGCCGAGCGCUGGAACUCCAACUUCACCAUACGUCCAAGGCCUGAAAUAUAAUCGUGCUACUUCCAGCCCUUCUUACACCCCUUUGAGAGCUUCAUGGUGGAGAUAUGGGAUGACUGGAGGCGGAGGUGCAGCUGAGGUGAGAUCCAGCCGAAGGACAAUGUUUGCGCCCGACGUUGGCAUCCCUCUGCUGCCGGGGCGUCUGGUACUGAUGCUGCUCCUCCUGUCCGCCUCGGAGCCGAGGCUCUCCCAGGCUUGCCCCGGGCCGCUCGCCUCCACCAGCGGCUGCGUCUGCUCGGAGGAGCGCCCCAAGGCGCACGGCGUCCAGGCGAUGGGUAAAAAGGUCAGCUGCAGCAAAGAAGAGUUGACUGAACUUCCGGAUGCCAGUUUGCUGCCCAACAGGACGAUGACACUGAUACUGAGCCACAACAAAAUCAGAGCUCUGAGAAACGGAUCCUUCUUUGGACUUUAUGCUUUGGAGAAGCUGGACCUCAAGCACAACUUAAUCAGCACCAUCAUGCCUGGAGCCUUCCAGGGCUUAUCUGAGCUUCGGAAACUCGACCUUUCCAACAACCGCAUUGGCUGCCUGACUGCAGACAUGUUCCAGGGGCUGACCAAUCUCACUAAACUGAACCUCUCCGGCAACAUCGUGUCCACCAUGGAUUCAGGGGUGUUCGAAGAGCUACCGUCCCUCAAGCUAGUGAACUUCAACUCCGAGUACCUGUCGUGCGACUGCGGGCUGCGCUGGGUCCCAGGCUUCUUGCGCACCAGUUCAGUACGUUUAGGAGAGGAAACCUUGUGCGCCUUCCCCAAGAGCCUGAGAGGAAAGCCUCUGCGUGGACUAAAGGAAAACCAGCUGAGCUGUGACGGCCCUCUGGAGCUGCACACCCUGUCGCUUCUGCCCUCCCAACGUCAGGUGGUCUUCAGGGGUGAUCGGCUGCCCUUCCACUGCACCGCUGCUCUGGUGGAUAAGAUGACCACCUUACACUGGCGUUUCAACGGUCAGCUGGUGACGUCCGACCCAGAAAUGGAUAUCCAGCUUGAGAACAGUGUGCUGCAUGACUGCACCUUCAUCACCAGUGAACUUAUCUUAUUCAACGUACAUGUGGAGGCCAGCGGAAAGUGGGAGUGUGUGGUUUCUACUGGGCGGGGCAACACCUCUCAGGCUGUGGAAAUAGUUGUGCUGGAGAACAGCGCCUCCUUCUGUCCAGAAGAUAAAGUUGUAAACAACCGUGGGGAGUUCAGGUGGCCCAGAACUGUGGCAGGCAUCACCUCUUAUCAGUACUGCCUGCAGCUGCGUUAUCCCUCCCUGACCAUCGAAGGGGGCAUGGAGCAGAAAAAAGCUUCUCGAUACUGUGACCGUACUGGAAAGUGGCAGGACGGCGACUACUCAAACUGUCACUACACCAAUGGCAUCACCCGUGUCCUGCACACUUUCAUCCUGAGGCCCAUCAACGCCUCCAACGCUGUCACAGUCGCACAUCAGGUCCGCACCUACACGCUGGAGGCUGCAGGUUUCACCGACUCAGUAGACGUGAUGUAUGUGGCACAGAUCAUGGAGAAGUUUAUGGAAUAUGUCAAGCCGCUGCGAGAGUUGUCAGAGGUGAUGGUCGAGAUGGGCAGUAACCUGAUGCAGGUGGAUGACCAGAUCCUUGCCCUCGCUCAGAGAGAGAAGAGAGCCUGUAGCUCCAUCGUCUACUCCCUAGAGACGCUGGCCUGGCCGCAGCUACACAGCCAUGCUCAGGACUUCUCCAUGGUGUCUAAGAACAUUGUGAUGGAGGCCCACCUAAUUCGACCGGCCCACUUCACUGGUAUAACCUGCACCGUGUAUCAGCGGCGCGAGGUGUCAGCGGGAAGCCCAGGAAUGGAAAUUCCAGAGUCAGCUCAUGAACAACAGCUUAAUUUCCGCUGCAGCACUGGCUCCCAUAACACCUCCCUCAACAAUUUCCCCAUAAAGAGUUCUGUAGCCCUGGCGUCAGUGACUCUCCCGGCAACUCUGUUUCCUCCUGAUGCCACAGCGGACUGUAAGCUACAGUUUGUGGCUUUCCGAACUGGCAGCUUUUUCCCUUUGUCUGGGAACUCGAGCAGCGCUGCCUCUCGCAGACGUAGCGUCAACACUCCUGUCGUCUUUGUUGGACUCGACGGCUGCAGCAUGUGGAACUACUCGGAGCCCAUCUGGGUGUCGCUGCGCCACUUGUCCCCCGGUACUGAUGCCGUGGCAGCUCAGUGGAGUGUUAAGGGGCCGGAGAAGCAGGGAGGCUGGAGCCAGGAGGGUUGCCAGCUGGUCCAUAGCGACAGCAGCACCUCCACAAUGCGCUGCUACGUGCUUAGCAAUUAUGCUGUCCUGCAGGAGGUGCCCGACUUCCCCAACUCCACAGGCAGUUCCAUAAAGGUGCUCCACCCCGUGGUGUAUGCCUGCACUGCGCUGCUGCUCCUGUGCCUCUUCACCAUCAUCAUUACGCAUAUAUUACACCACAGCUCAAUUCACAUAUCAAGAAAAAGCUGGCACACAUUGCUGAAUACCUGCUUCCACAUCGCCAUGACAACAGCCAUCUACGCAGGAGGCAUAAGCUUGACCAGCUACCCAGUGGUUUGUCAAGCAGUGGGCAUUGCCCUGCACUACUCCUCGCUGUCAACCCUGCUGUGGAUCGGAGUCAGCGCCAGGGUCAUUUACAAAGAAACCGUGUGGAGAAUGCCACGGCAGCCAGAGGGAGAUUCUCCUACUCCGCCUACUCAGCGACCCAUGCUCAGGUUCUAUUUGAUAGCUGAUGGAGUUCCCCUCAUCAUUUGUGGGAUCACCGCAGCUGUCAAUGUCAACAACUAUGGAGACAACAGCCCUUACUGCUGGCUGGUCUGGCGCUCGAGUCUGGGGUCAUUCUUUGUCCCCGCCGGCCUAGUUGUGUUGGUGACCUGGAUCUACUUCCUGUGCACUGUGUUUCGCCUGAAGCACCGUGUGGCCAAAGAAUGCACAGGAACCACCUUGUCCUCUCCUGUGACUGAGAGCCAUCCUGCGCUGGCAGGAAGCACCAGCCUGCUGUCCACAGACUCGGUGGUGGGACCUAUAAACCCCAUUGUGCCUCCAGAGGACGAGUACUCUCUGAAGACACAGUUCUCUGUGCUGGUGGCCACCCACUUCCUGUUUGUGGUUCUGUGGUGUUGUGGAGCCAUGGCAAUGUGGCUAACGGGCCACACAAGCUUGUUAUUCAGCUGUCUCUAUGGGGUGACCGCCAUCGUUUUGGGGGUGUUUCUGGUGGUGCACCACUGCUUUCGACGUCUGGAUGUGCAGGCCUCGUGGCUGGCUUGUUGCCCGGGCUAUCAGCGCGCGCAUCCCAUCUCUACUUACACACACACCUGCACUACUGGGAGUGGAGUUCAGACGUCUGAGCAGGGAUCCCAGCUUUUCAUCAACUGCCACCCACCUGGCGAUUCUCACAACUCUUCAUCAGCCAGGUCAUCGUCCACGCCGAGUGGGAUCAGCAGCGUUGGCCCUGGGCCUUGCAAGCUCACCAACCUGCUGCAGGUGGCACAAGACAGUCCAAACAACACCUCACGUGUCACUACCGGCAACAACACUAGCACCAGUACUGACAACGUCACCAAGCCAACAAACAAUGUUCCUCCCAUCAUUAACUCUGCAGCGCCUGUACACCCCCAGAGAAGGAAAGUGAGUAGCAGAACUAAACAAGGGAGUAGCCAGUAUUAUCAUCGGGGUGAAGGCAGAGGUCACUACCGUCUCAAAGCUCUAAGGACUGCGGGAGGUGGGGGCAGUCUUGGAGCUCUGGGCCCCACAGGUUUAGAGCACCUCAACUCAUCACAUGCUGUUUACAAAGCGGCCACCAGUGAGAAUGGCAGCCUCCACCACAGCCUCUCAGAGAACCAGGGUAGUCCACUGACGAAUGGGAAGCGGGUGGGAGAGUCGGUCGCCACCAGCCCCUCAGAGGGUAGUGACGGAAGCAGCGGAAGCCGCAAACCCUUCCCGCUGCUGCCGUCCAUGGCCAGCAGAGCGGCCAUGCACGGAGCUCAGCGCCGAUGCGCCAGCAGAGACAAUUUGAAACUGGCCGCAUCCGCAGAACGUGAGACUAAGCGCUGCUCGUACCCUUUGAACAGUGUCACCACCACUGUGCCGGGGGCCGCGGCGCCAAAUGGCACCCUAAAAAACUCUGUGCUAGAGCUGGAGCAGGACAUGAGCGGCACCGACCAAUCCCAGAGCUCUGUUGGAAUGAAGAGUGGUUUGUGGAAAAGCGAAACCACAGUAUAAAAUAUACCUACAUGUGAACAUCUAUGCAUGACCUUAAUGAACUCUUAAAUGACAGGGUUAUGUUGUAUGGUCUUUUAAUAAUUAUAUAAUUUAAGAUAUAAUAUCACAAAGGCAGCCAGGACCCUAAACUGGUACUUUUGCCUCUGUAGCAUUGUAAGAGUUUGCUGUGAAAUGGAAAAAAAUAAUAACGCAGGUUUUUUUUUUUAAUUGUCAUUUUCAAACAUAAGAUACGCAUUUAUUUUAUUCACUUUCCAAAAAUAUACAAGAUAUCUCUGAAAUUGACAUGUAAUGUUGAUUUUGGAUGUCUAAUGAAAGCUUUAUUGUUGCAGAUGUGAUUUUUCUAUGCAUAUCAACUAUAGCAUGAAAUGGAACGCAAGAUGGCCCAUUUCCGAAGUACGGCUGUAUGCAUUUAAUCUGUGGACAAUCUUUCACCAUUACGUUUGCUUCAAGUAACUGUUUGUGUGUGCUCACUUAUGCACUUGUACAUUCUCUCUGUGUUUAUGCAUGUGUGUGUGUGUGUUUGUGCACAGUCAGAGUGAGAGAGAGAAUUUGCAUGAAUGUGGUUGUACAGAAUGUCAGAGUGAAUUAAAAACACUAUGCGAGACUUUUGAUUAUAAAAAAAUGUUUCCUUUUUUUCUGUGUAUUCCCAUCAGCACUGAAAGAGAUUCUGGUGUGGUAAAUUUAGAAAGAAUAAAAAUGUUUGAUUGACUGCCCCCUGCUGGAUAGCAGAAACGCUUCUCAGUUGGUGCUGCACUAAAAAACGGAUUAACCUUACAGGCUACUGGUAUACCACAGGUUUUACAGUGACAAAUUCAUCCAACAAUAGAAUCCAAUUCUGGUGGCAUAAGUGUAAUUUCUCGAAAGAGUAUUCCUAAAAUACUUUCUACUUACCAGACCAGAAUGACCAGAAUAUGAACAGUGCAUUUCACCAGACUUACAAAAGCCUAAGUCAUACUUCCGUUUUUUAGUCCAUUUGAUAAACUUCCAAUUCAGGAAAUUACAGCAUCAGGAAGUUGUAUUUCUAUUGUGCACUUCGUUGUCAAGGCUCUUUCCAUUGUUCUCUCGGCCACUUACUCUAUAUUGUUGUAGUACACUUGGUGUUUUACUGUGUCACCAGCCUGUGGCAUGUGGGCUUACCACUACAUACUCUGAGCAUUUUGAUCAGCCCCAACAACCAUGUGACUCUGACUUUUACUGAACCUCUAAUGGAAAAUAAACAAAAGAUGUGUCCUGUU